AUAGGGGCGUGUGGGCAUUGAUGUCAAAGUUUUGGGUGGAAGUGUACGCGAUAUUUUCUUUCUCAGAUUUUCUUGCUAUUUUUGCCUAUUUUCCUCAGUUUUAUGUACUACACCCCCAGGGAAAAACACUCCAUGGGGUAUGUGAGAGUGCAUUGAGUGCAUUAUGUGCAACGGAAGUGGAUCAGCCUGGGCAGGAGAGUGAAGAAGAGAGUGACGUGUGUGCGAAGGAAUGUGUCGCUGACGGACAUCCAUCGCUAAGGCCCCGUGUGAUUCACACAAAAUCACACAUUUUUGAACAUUGGCUGUGCAUUCAGUCGCGCGAAUCCGCGGUGGCAGGCAGCACCAUCAGCAGACCAGGUGCUCUACGCGUGAGUGAAUUGCGGUCGGGUGGGUGUGCAGAAAGUGUGAGUGUUUUUUUCUUGAGGGUCGGGCUAGCCAGCUGGUGGAAAGUUCUCUCUGUGUGUGGUGCGAAGGAGUGCGUGUGGUGCAACAAGGGCAGAGCACACCUGGGUUGUCGUUGAGCAGGUGUAGCUGGGAAAGAUGAAGCAUCAGGGGAGUACAGCUGGUGUGGGCACCGAGAGAAAAAUCAACAAGGCCAGCUCACUACUUUCACCCGAAGAAAAUCAGCAGGUUUUCAAUUUGCUGGACAGAAAAUGCAUGUCAAUGUGCACCGCUGUGGUCCAGUUAUACGUGACAGAUGCUCCAGCACAUUCGCAAUGGCACAAACGGUACACGGGGGCCCUGUGUUUCGUCAAAGAUAGCGGCAAGAAGUCCUACUACUGCCGCCUGUACUGCCUCAUGCGCCACGAGGUGGUCUGGGAGCAGGAAAUGUAUGACACAAUUCAAAUUCAACGAACUCGACCCUACUUGCUCAACUUUGAGGGUCAGGAUGGCCUUGUUGCACUGAAUUUUGCCUCAGAGGAAGAAGCUGAAAACUUCCACAGGAUCUCCACAACAACAGUGGCCAAUCGCAUAAAGAGACGUGAAGAACGUAUGAAGCGAUCGUCAACGAGGAAGGAGCCACCACCUCGUCCCAAUGCCGCCCCACAGAUUUCGCAUCAGCACAACAAUGUGGAAGAGACGUCGCAGGUGACACUGCGCAACAGGGCACCAGUUAUGGCACAGCCACAGCCGGUGGCACCGGUGCAGAACUUUGGUGGGAUGUCUGGUGGGCAGCAGCGUGCAAAGAAGGGGCGCGAUAGGAAGAUCACCAAAGAGGACAUUGGGAAUCCCACGGAUUUCAAGCAUAUCACGCAUGUGGGAUGGACGGAGCAGAAGGGUUUCGACUGGACGGGCGAAGAGGUGGAGCAUCUCAAGCCAUUCCUCCGGAAGGCUGGUGUGUCGGAGCGACAGCUCAAGGAUCGGGAGACGCGGGAAUUCAUCUAUGACUUCAUUCAGAGCAACAAGGUGAUGGAUCACCUGAACCCGAGUAGUCCGCCGGGGAAGAAACCGCCAGCGCCUUCAGGAAAUGAGGGGCGACAGAUGCCUCCGCCACCGGUGCCAACGCGUCAGCGUAGUCGCAAUGGGGCACGAGCUGCUCCACCGCCACCACCGCUGCGUCAACCCCAAUCGACUCCGGCUCCGCCAAAAGCUCCCCCGCCGGGACGUCCACCUCCUAUGACCGCACCACCACCACCAGGUGCUCCGGCUCCCCCUCCGCCGCCACCGCCUCCCCCAAUGGCACCUCCACCGCCCAGUAGUGGACCUCCGCCACCGCCGCCUCCAGCUGCUGCUGCACCCUCCAAUGAACCAGAUGGUCGUUCGGCGCUCAUGGAAAGCAUCCGUCAAGGCACAAAGCUCAAGAGUGUCGAUCGCACAAAUGUUGUGGGCAGCACUGGCGAUUCACGAUCGGAUCUGCUUGAGGAAAUUCGUCGCGGACGAGAUCUCAAGCCGGCGUCUGAGCGUGAAUUGCCCAGUGUUCAGAGAUCCAAUAGUGGAGCUGGAGCUGAUGCCCUGGCAGAUGCUCUCCGGCGUGCCCUGAUGGAGCGUGGCCGGGUAAUUCGAUCUUCGGAUGAGGAAAGCAAUAACAGUACGGACAACGACAACGAGUGGGACGACUGAAUUGGUGGGUUGGGGGAGGUGUUUUGUAGAGUGACAAUAUCCAACGAGAGGUGAUUUGUGGAUUCUUUACACACGGUGCACGGGAUAAAACAAAACAAACAACAACUUCUUAAUAUCUUUCACACACACACAAUAUGCCUAUCAUCUCUCGGGCUGCGUUCUUCUUUAUAUCAUCAGCAUUAUAUGCGUUUUUUGUAUUAGUAAGGUGUUUAAGCAAUUAAUUUUCUCAAUUAUUCAGUGAUUGAUUCACUUGAAUAAUUGCGCCAGGAUUAGAAGGAAAAGAAAUGGAGAUAUCAAAUGAAAAAAAUGUUCGAAGUGGGGGUGAAGAUAAAAAAUUCUUGAAGAGUGCCAAAUUAGGUAGUUAUUAUGUAUUAAUUCUUAAGUUACCAAAAUGUAUAGAAAGAGGGGAAUUCAUCUUUGAUUUAUCCCCAAAGGAAAAAGACACACAACAAUACCUAAAUAACAAUUUAUCACACCUAGUAGUGAAUUUAGUAUGAAGAAUUUCUUGUGAGUUCCAUUGCAGAGCAACAAUAAAAAUUCUCUUUUUUCCAUAUAAAAUAAAUAUAUAUCAUUGUAUAAUCAUAAUUAUUAUCACAUUUUAUCGCAUAUUAAAAAAAAGAAUUUAAAUGUUUCUAAAGGGAAAAAUUUGAAAUAAAAAGGAGGAAGUUCAUUGAUAAAAACACUGAGAGAAAAAGGAUAUAAAAGUACGACAAAAUGUACAGAAUUUUAAGAAAAAAAAAGAGUUAAAUUAACAUUUCUUUUGUUCUUCUUUAUUUUUUUGCAUAACCAAAUUCAAUUAAUAUGAGAAAUAUAUUUGAGAAAUAAUGUUAUGACA